AUGGGUGCUAUUCUUCCCGAUUCAGCACUACAGAGACCAGCUUUUACACAGGAUAGUAUAAUGCACACACUCGAUGAGAUUUAUAGUAUACUUUUCAGUACAUCGCUCAACUGUACAGUUGUAGUGUUACUGUGUAUAGGAUUGCUUGAAUACAACGCUACUUCUAGUCUAAGCCUGGCCCUCGGAUGGAUUCUGUGUGUAGUGGUUGUGUUCAGGUUUGUUAAAGCGAAAAAGCCUACGCAACUGCAGAGCUUAUUAAUACAACAGUUCGCCUGGGAUAAGAUUGGUACACCGGCCGUGAUUGGACAUAGAGGAGUCACAGAGACAUCACCGGAGAAUACCCUGUCGGCUAUAACAGACGCGGCCAAGGUAUGUCUAGCUGUGAUGUGUGAAUCUGAAUUGUUAGUAAGUAUACAUUUAUUGCGGAUUU